AUGGAUCUCGACCUUGCGUUAAGGAUUGAGAAACCUCCUUCUCUUAAGGACUCAAGCACCUCUGACGAGAGGAAAGAAUAUGAGAAGUGGGAUCGUUCAAAUCGCAUGUGUUUGAUGGUCAUUAAGCACGACAUUCCAGAAGUCUAUAGAGGUACUGUAUCUGAAGAAAUUACAAGUGCUAAAGAUUUCCUUGCUGAGAUUGAAAAACGCUUUGUGAAAAGCGAAAAGGCGGAAGCAAGUGCACUUCUUCAAAGCUUGACUUCCAUGAGGUAUCAAGGCAAUGGAAAUGUGAGAGAGUACAUUAUGGAAAUGUCAAACAUUGCUUCAAAACUUAAGGCGUUGAAACUUCAGUUGCAAGAGGACUUGUACAUUUUAUUUUAA